UUGGACUUCCUGACCGUCGCUCAGGAUAGCGCUCUACGUCGGCUUUAAUUCAACGUUGAGGCAAAUCAGACGGAGGGGCGGGGGGAGAAGGCAGGUCAGCUUGAAGGGCCGUGAAACCCUCUGGACUCCUUGCCCAUCGCACCCAGCCGCGCUGACGGCGAAGCAACAGCGAGUCACUCGUCCUGCAGAUCGAUAGUGUCGCCCCUAAAAUCUUUGCAUCAUACAUAGCUAUGUAACGAUUUUGGUGCAAACAACGCUCAAAUGAAGACUAUAUGAAGUCUCCCAGCGGGCCUCGAAACCCGAAAGCCUGAGAACCUCCGUAGCCCUUGCGGGCUUGGAAAUAGGUGAAAAUAGCUGCCUUGGUAGUGUCGGGGUGGGGUGUGGGGGCGGCGAUGAAGGCCGACAAAGGACAAGACAAAAUUUUGUCAGUCCCGUUUGCGGGUUCCCCAGGCAACGGCCAGCACCGGAGGGUAGUCGACAGUGUCAAUUGUCCCCUGGAAGUCUCAUUCCUGCCGCCAGCGACUUCGCCGGUAACCGGCAGCCGUUUGGGCCUCACCGUGUGCCCCGGCAAGCACAUACUCUCACGGGAUGGAACAUUGUUCUGUCGGGACUUGGGCGCGGACCUGAAGCGCCUGCGCGAGGUGCAUGGCGCGGACGUAGUGGUGGCACUGCUGCCUGAGGCGGAGCUGCGGUACCUCAAGGUCCGGGACUACGCCAGUGCAGUGGCGGCACACGGCAUGGAGUACCUACACCUGCCCAUCGUGGAGAUGGCGGCGCCUCCCGACCUGCAGCAGGCGGCGGCGCUGGUGGACAUGGUGGUGGAGCGGAUCGGCGCUGGCAAGACGGUGGUGCUGCACUGCAAGGGCGGCGUGGGCCGUGCCGGCGUCAUCGCCGCGUGCACGCUGCUGCGGCUGCACGUGUGCACAUCCGCGCGCGACGCCAUUGCCACGGUGCGCAAGUACCGGCGCGGCGCGGUUGAGAGCAAGCGACAGGAGGAGUUCGUGGCUACCUACAGCCGCCUAUGCAGCAACCCCGCGGCGGCGUGGGUGCAGCAGUCCCUCGCUGACAUCGCCGCCGGCAACGGGCCCAGCGUACCUGUCAGGUGAUGGACACUCGGCUGCAGCCGGGCAAAGCAGCUGGCUAGCAGCCGACAGCGAGCUCUGAUGUUGCAUAUUCGGCAGACGACGUUGGCAAAGCCGACAGGACGCAGGACGAACUGCAGCAAGGAGUCGUGAACGACUUGAACUGAAGGAUUUGAGUUACCAGGAAUGGCAGCACUGCAGCAGCGCUACGUGACUUGUGAUGCCGCCGCUUGGCGCGUUUGCCGGGGAGGGAGUGGAGUGUGUAGCGCCACUCCGGGGGGUUAUUAACUCAUUGUGUCCAUAGGUCCCGUGAGUGAAUGCAUGACUGGUGCCUUGAGGCAGGGCAUUCCGUUUUUCACGGCUCCAGCGAGGGAAAACCACCUUUCGUGUCACAGGCUCCAGUAUUUUAUGUAGCGCGUGCGCGCGCAGGUCGCUGUUUGUUGCACGGGUUGGUGGCACACAAGGUUUUAGAGGGAAAUGCGCGUGUUUACUCUCGUGAAUGGUGGAGAUGCAUACACAAACAGCAUCUCUUGCAUUGCGUUUCAAGUUGCGUGCAUGUUGGCCUGGGCCACGCUGAGAGUGCUGGGCAUGUGUGUUGCCGGCCUUCGUCCGGUUUGCUUUGUCUUGUCGGAUAGUUUGUCUUUCCAGUAGAAACAAGGGGCUGGUCACCAGGUCAGGAUCAAUUCACGUUUCGUUAAUUGGCUUGCCACCAUUGCUUGCUCAAACACGGAGUGUUGCUAGGAAAGGCACGCGAGGCUGAGAGUUCCAACUGCGGCGGCUCAGUCUGCAUGCGGCCCUGCCCAUUUGCUCUAACUUUUGAUCCUGCGCAUUUUAUCAUCAAGCUGUUCUGCACUGAAACUAUCGUUGUCCGGUCCUGCGCCGGAGUGACUUCCACUGGUGGCAGCAAACGACUGUGUGUGGCAGUGAGGCAAGCAGCAUGACCACCUUUAAUGUGCACCUCAAGCAGUGAGCGCCACGAGUGAGCGCUUUGCACCAAGUUUUGUUCCUGCGUGGGGCAAUGCGUACUUUAAUCAGGGUGCGGUGGCAGCCCGUCGCUACCCUGCCUCUAGUCUGUACGGAGCAGGGCGUCGGGCUGUAGCUAACGGGUGGAGCCGUUGGUCGAAUGCUGGACAAGUCGAUAGAAGUCGGUGUGGUGCGUUCUAGGAAUCCCUACAUUGCGGCCCUGCGCCUGCUCUGGAUCCUGUAGAAGACAGCUGUUGCUUGCGAUUGCUUAAGAGUAACUGAAGAGAAGUUUGGGACGUGAGGCCCGCGCGUUGGCUUCUUUUGCGGCAACAACCGUUUGCAACGAGGAAUGGGGCGGAUGGCCGAAUGGCCGGGUGGCACCAGCGGUGGUUGUGUGUUGUUGGUGAUGCGGGUGAUAGACCAAGCCAAGAAUGGGGAGCGCUUGAGACGAUGGUGGAAAGUGGAGUAUCGUCGGCCCGUUGGUGGAAGAGAAGAUGGUAGGUAUCAUGGUUUUAAAGGGAUGGUACAUGGUUGGCGACAGGGGCAUGCGCGGCCGCGGGUCAGCUCUGCUCGCUUGUCGUGGCGGACUGUCACCGUGGUCUAAACCGCGGCGGGGGAAACCGUAUUCCCAUUAAUGAAGUGGUUUUGCGCGUUGGGUGCUUGGGUUUACCACGACCUGGUUGUACACAACGACAGCAAGGCGUAGGGCGGCGGCCUUUGGAGGAGGAGGAAUGAGACGGAUGCAGAGCACAGCCGAGGCCCUCGGGUGUAGUGAGGCCGUGGCGCUUGAAAGCCGAGCCAGACGAUGGCAAUGUAAAAGUAAUUUCAG